UUAAAGCUGCCACCUUGGCGAAUCUCAGCGGCGAAAAGACACGCGUCUGAGAUCUUUAAUUUCUCUUUGUUCAUAUUGCCUUCGACAAAUUAAUCUUUUGGGGCUUGUUUCCUUAGUUUUACAUGACAUCUAAGGUUUAGGGUCUCUGGCUCGGAUAAAUUUCUGGCUGGGUGAUUCUUUCGUGUCCGGGUGUUCGAGGCCGACUUAUAUUAUCGUACCGUCUGUUGCGUCUUUAGCUGUAUCUCGCAGAUCGACGUACUCGACUGUUCAGUUAUUUUCGAUGAUUUUCCGCUUUUCGCAGUGCAACUCGUGAACUUUACGUACGACUAGGUCGAUUUGACAAAGGUACUUUCUUUGUUCGGUCGAUGCUCCCAAGUGAAUUUACGCACGUCUCUGGCGUAUCGGAUUUAAUAAGGUCUCAACAAUGUACAGUUUCUGCGCUGCUGCUGCGUUUUUCUAUUUUUAAAGAGGGUUUUAGAAUCUUCGUGUCGUAUAUUUUGGAACUGCACGAGAAUUGUUUUCGAGUGUCGAGUCGUUAAUUGCAUCUAACAACAUGACGGAUUCUCUGAAAUUUGGUCCAGAAUGGUUACGCAAUUUAGCAGGAGAUGGCUGCAAUGUUGGUGGAGGAGGUGGUGGUAGUCUCACAACUCCUCGGUAUCAGCUAGCCGAACAUAGAUACGGUCGAGAAGAGAUGCUUGCUCUAUUUGACCGUAAUUUUAAAGCCCCAGACCCAUUGACAAGUUUUACAGGGCUGUAUGUCCCAAAAACUCAGUUACCUUUGGCACUUAUAAACAUGACAGAAGAUGAGACACGUUUAUGGAGUGGUGGAGUGACAGCAAGCGUUAGUCGUGGCAGGGGUGGCAGUGUUGAUCGAGGAGGGCGAACAAGAGGUGCAAGACCAGGAGCCCAUUAUCGGGGUGGAUUUGAUGACAUAGGAGAUGGACCACGAGUGGAAACACAACCAUUUCCUAUGCGUACUAGAGCAUUUGAUAGACCUCAAACUGAGCGGGGUUGGUCAGAGCGUAAUGGGGUGGUAGAUUCAGCAGAAUGGAAUGGCUCCACUAGUCCCAGAAAAGAAUUAAGUAGAAGCGCUAGCGGUGGUGCUUUUAUGGAAAGCAAUUGGAGACGUCAUCGGACUGGUGGAGAGGAAGACGACGGUUGGAGAACGAAUGUCAAAGGCGAAAAAUGGGUUAAAGGCAGUUGGCGCGACAGUGAUAAAGACAGGGAGCGUGGCGAUAUAGAUGAGGAUGUUAAACGGGUCGAACGAUGGGAUCAUAAAGGCAGUAAUAGAGCAUUCGACCCACAUCCACCUCCACUGCGGCGAAGCCGUUCAAACCAUCAUGAUAAUCAUGACAAUUUACCAGAAUGGGCAAUGGACAGUAUGAAUGAAAUCGGUGGCAGUUUCGACGCAUCGGGUGCGUUUCAUGGUUUACAUUCGGAUGACGAAGAUGAACACGGUGAAAGACCACCUAUUGCAAGAAGGCGAGUGCGUCGGGUAUCCGAAGGUAACGCACCCAAUUCGAAUAAACCUGGUGGUCUAAAGACGUCGGCGAAUAUACGCAAAAUUGAAAGACCUUUAAAUGGAGAGCGACCAAAGUCCAUGCACGAGGUCAAGAAUCAACAGAUGGUGGACAAUGAUCGAAGACGUAGUUUGUCGCCAAUCAGUUCACCUCCAAUUCCCAGUAGCCCUGCCAGCAAGAAACCGCCUACUAAUGCACAGAUUGUUUCGCAGCAGCUAGUUAAUGCCGAUGCCAAGAAGAAAGAGAAGGAGAAGAAGCUGGAGAAGCUUAAAGAAACCAUUGCGUUGGCUGGCGCUACUGCUUCGAAGCUUAAACCAAAAGCUGACGAUAGCUUAAAGAAAUUCGAAGAAACGAAAUCUAAAACAGCAGAGCAGCAGCAGCAGCAGCGUAACAGCAGCAAGCUCGUUGGAAAAUCGGAUGAGGAAAGAGUCACUCAGCAGCAGCAGCAGCAGCAGCAGCAUCAGCAGCAGCAACAGCAGCAACAACAGCAGCAGCAGCAGCAGCAGCAUCAUCAUCAUCAUCAGCAGCAGCAGCAGCAGCAACAGCAACAGCAACAGCAGCAGCAGCAGCAACAGCAACAGCAACAGCAGCAGCAGCAGCAGCAGCAGCAGACGGAACAAUCGAAAACGCCAACACCAAUUCCAAUUCAAUCUCCUCAACUCGCGCCACCAUCUCGGCAACCAGUUCCAAUGAAUACAAUGGCAUCGUCAAACAUGUUGGACGACGACAAGCAAACAGAUAAUUUGGAUAGACUUGAGGAGGAGGUAGCCAAGUUAAUCGAUUUAAAGGAUGAGAAACCUCCGUCAAGUGUGAUGUCGUCGGUGGCUACUGCGGUGAAUGAUCCGGCGAUCGUAUCGGUUACUCAAUCGUCAGCAAUUAUAGAGGAAAAGUGGUUUUAUCGAGAUCCUCAAGGCGAGGUGCAGGGUCCUUUCUUAGCGAGCGAGAUGGCUGAAUGGCACAAACAAGGUUACUUUGCGCCGAAUUUGCUCGUCAGGAGGACUUGCGACGAAAGAUAUACUACGCUUGGUGACCUGGUCGCUCUGUGUGGUACUGUGCCUUUCAAGCCUGGUACCAACUUCCCACCACUGAAGCUGACAGACACGCCUCUAGCCUCGGUGAUACCGGGCGCAGUGCCAGCAGGCUUACCACCCGUUAAUCCAGGUCUGCCGAAGCCGGGCAUGGAAGACCUGCUUUAUCAGUAUCAGUACAGAAUGAUUCAGAAUCAGAUGUACGCCAAACAGUUGCGAGCUAACGCGAUUGCGAAACUUUCGCAGUCGGAACAAUGGACCUCGUUGACGCAGAUGGAACAAAACCAAUUGAUUCAACACCACAUGCGCUCCAUUGAUCCCGAUUUCACCGAUGUACCUCAUCCUCCAGCGAUGUCAUUCAUACCAACGUUGCCCCAGCAACCACCACCACCACCCCCACCUGCUCCACCGUCCAGUUCUGUUCUACAAUUGUUCCCUCAACUGCACCAGCAGAUUCCCAAGACUCAAGCCGAGACUGUAGCACCGAUUGAAUCCAUCCAACAGCUUAUGCAUCAAAUGAGCGGUAUGAGGAAUUUGCCACCAAUGCCUCAGCCAAGUAUUCCCCAACCACCCCAGGAGGACAAUCCGAUAAAGUCGUGGCUGAGACAGAUGGGUGUAAAUACCAAUGGUCACGUGCCACCUCAGCCACCGACACCACAGCCGCAAAUGGAAUCAGUUUGGCACCAACAACCACCGCCGCCACAUUUGUCUGCUUUCAACGCUCAGAACUGGAUGUCGCAGGUCGGUGUUAUUCAGCCUACCAUGCCUCCCGGACAGAUACCCGGCUCACUAUGGGAUAUACAUAAAGAGAUGAAGACUGAGCAACAAAUAUUGGAAGAGCAAAAUAUGAAGAUGCUAGAAGAAAAAAAGAAAGAAGAGUUACGCAAAAAAGAAGAACUGGAACGACAGCAAGUCGAGCAGGAACGUGCUAAACGACUGCAAGAGGAGGAAUUGGCGAGACUAAAAGCUGAGGAGAUAAACAAGCGCGAAGAAAUUGAACGAAAAAAGCGCGAGGAAGAGAAGAGACGUCGAGAAGAAGAAAAGCUCAAGCAAGAAGAAGAACAGAGGAAAAUUGAAGAAAAACGUCGUAAGGAAGAGGAAAAGAGACGCGAGGAGAAGAGAAAGCACGAUGAAGAGAUGAACAGGAAGAAACAAGAGGAGGAAAAGAAGAAACGUGAUGAGUUGAAAAGACAAGAAGAAAAGCUUAGAAAGGAAGAGGAGAAGCGUAGAAAGGUGGAAGAAGAACACAGAAGACAGGAAGAAGAACGACUUAGAAAAGAGGAAGAGGCACGAAAAAAAGCCGAAGCUGAAGAGCAAGCGAAAAAAGCUGAGCAGAGACGGCGAGAAGCGGAAGCUCUUCGAAAGCUGCAAGAGCGUAGUAAAGCUCCAUGGGCUCAAGCGCCACCUCCUGCUCCUCCAACUGCCCAAGCAUCUCUUGCUGAAAUUCAAAGGCUUGAAAGAGAAAAAAAGGCUGAGGAGCUGCGGCUUCAACAGUUGCUCCAGCAACAACAAUUAGCUCAACAGAAAGCAGCGGAAGCAGCACAGGAGGCACUGACUGACUCAGCUAAACGUCUGCAAUUCAAAUGGGCUGAAAAAGUUGCACCGGUCAACGCAGUCAACCAAGUGAAAAGCCUUGCUCAAAUUCAAGCUGAGGAACAAGAACGCGUUGCUAAACUCAAACAACAAGAAAGAGAAAAGCAAGAGAAAGAAAAAGCAAUCCAAAAAGAAGCUGCUGUGCCUGUGCAAAACAUCAGCAUUUGGGGAGCAGCGUCGCAGAGUCUAAGUUGGACGAGUACUUCUAGCAAGAGCGCAGCUGGAUUUUGGGAUGACUUAACUCCGAAAGUUAAUCCUGGCGUUCCCAAAUUUGCUCCUGUUUCGAAACCUGUUUCGAAGCCACAAGCUGCACCAGUACCAAGAAUAAUUGUCCAGCAACAGCAGCAACAUCUAUUGCAGCAACAACAGCAGCAGCAACAGCAGCAGCAACAGAAUAACAAAAUGACAAAGAACAAAAAUAAGAAGGAAGAGGAGUUGGUGAAGAAGCUUUUUGAACAGAACACUGCCAAGACUGAUGAUUUUACCCAAUGGUGUAACAAGGCUUUAACUGGUCUUCAAGUCUCAGUAGAUAUACCUACAUUCAUUGGUUUCUUACGUGAUAUUGAAGCGGCAUACGAAGUUAAGGAAUACGUUCGUAUGUACCUGGGUGAUGGCAAACAAUGCUCUGAAUUUGCAAAGCAAUUUUUAGAAAAGCGAAGUAAAUGGAGAUCUGCUCAGCGUCCACAACAUGAGGCAGAUGAUCUGUGUAUACCUGCUCCUGCUGUCAAUCCUAAUACUUCUACCGAGUUUCAAGAAGUCAAGAACAAAUCCAAGAAACCGAAGAAGGGAAAAAUGUCCAAAGUCGACAGCAAGAUGCUUGGUUUCAGCGUUAUGUCGGCUCCGGAUCGCAUAAACGUUGGAGAUCGUGAUUAUGUGGAAGGCGUGUAAAUGAGUACAUAAUUAGAUCUCAAAUAUUAAUUUCAAUGAAAGGCUCCCCUUCAUGAUUAUCAUUUUGUCCUAAAAAAAAGAAAAUUUUUAUAUGCUUUUUAUUUUUCUCAAGUCCUAAAACUAAGAUAAAAUUUAGUAAGUUUCUCGACAAGGAUACUCCCGUCACCAUAAAGAUUUUCUAUGAAAAUAUUGUACGGAGACUCCCAAAUCUAUUGUUGGAUUUACUAUGAAAUGUCGAGGACUUUGCGAACACUGUGGACUUUUUGAUUCUUUCUUUUCAGACGAAAUGAGAAAAACAAAGUGAAGGUACAUGCAUAUGCACAUUGAUUAACUAUUGACCAUGUGAAAGAGCGUCGAUGAAAGAAAGUAUAUUUCUAGUGGAUAUAUAAAACUAUUUUCCUAAUUCUUUGUAAAAAAUAAAAUUUCUGUAAAUUAUUUUCCAUGCAUCUCGCGGAAGUACUUGAACUAAAAUAAGUUCUAUAAACGUACUUUCAAAGUAUUCCAAUUACUAUAAUAACAAAUUCAACAGCAGAAACUUACACAAACAAUAGUUACUGUAAAAAUUCACUUCGAAUACUAAAAUAGAAUGGCUUUUUUAGUAUCCUUGACCAUUAAAAGGAUGUUGUAUUAUAUCCUGACCUGUAAAUUUCGUAGAAUCAAUUAAUUUGAAGUUUACAUUGAAUUUCACAUCAUGUUUUAAAAUACAUUCUUGAAGUUAGAUAACUUCUAUAAUUGUAUAAACUGCAAAUUAUUGAUGUAUAGUGGUUUCUACGAUGAGUGACUUUGAUCCGACAUCCUCUUAAACUUAUAAAUUGAAUAGAAACAUUUCUCAAAGUGUCAAAAACUAUAAAACAAUUUCUAAGAAUAAUUCAAGCUCAUAUUUCUGUUAAAGAAAAUGGGCAUUUUGAUCUAGAUUUAACUUAAUUUAACGUAAGUCGAUAAAAGUCUAUACAAUUAAUGAAGUAAGUUGUAUUACCGCUUUGAAAGAUGUUUUUGAAAGAGCAUUUUGAUAAAAUUUCAAGAGUAAAGUGCUCCUAAUCUUGAGUACCAAACCCUUUCAUAUUCAUACCUAUAUGAUCAAUUUCUAUCUUGUAAGAUUCUUAUCGAUUAUAUACAAUCUUUAAAUUUUGCAUAGACUAAUUGCAUUUUGUUACUUGAUAAUUGAUAUUACAAGUAACAAUUGUCACUUUGCUCUCACUGCAAAUACGUAAAUUGAAUUAAAUCGCUCUUUCAUAGUAUUAAUAUCCACAUUAACACAUCAAAUUAUUAAACGCUAUUUCAUUUUUUGACAAAUGAAACAUGGUCAUGUGCAUGUCCCUAUAAAAUCUUAUUUGCUACGAUCAUUACGUGUACAUGAGCUGUAAGAUGCCGUUUACUAGCGUGAAUGCGAUGGAUAAAUCAUUCUGCGUAAAUUAAUUUUUUAUCACUGUGACUUGUAAAUAUGCCGAUAAGUUAAAAUUCGACCUAUUAAUAAGUCGACCAAAUCAGUUUUUAUGGUAAGUGAAAGAGAAGUUUAAAGCGAGCUUCAAACGAAACCCGAUGAUUUAUGGUGGAUUACAAAAUUAUCCAACAUCGACUUUCGUAAUGAUCCCGUUCGCUUGUAAUGUUGUAAAGUUUGUUAAACCAAAGAUUAUUGAUUUUUCUUGGAGCAUUUUAUUAGGAAAAAUCAAUGAUCUUUAGCUAAAGAAUAUUUAUGUAUAAAAAACAAAUGUACAAUAAUACAGUGAUGAAACCGACAAGAAUGAAUAAUGAUUGAUAUUGUAUCAAUAUUAUCUUUAUUAUUUUAAAUAAAUAUUAUUACUGAAUGUAACUUACAACAUGGCAGAAUAAACAUUAUAUUUUCGA